AGUUAACCAAUUUUACACAAAAUCAGAGUUCUCUCUCCUUUUCUUCGUUCUCUCAUUACCAUUUUCAUGGAAAAGGAGAUGAGAUUCUGGGUUUUGACUCUGUAAAAAAAUUUAUGUAAGUGAUCGAUUUUCUCUUUGCUAGCGAAUCUUUUUCUUUCGGUUUGCCCGAUCUUUUUUUCUGUUGCAAAAUAAAAUCCAAUUCAAUUCAGAUUUUUGUUGUGUCAAAAGCUUUCUCCUUCUUUGUUUCUUCAGAACUAUGAUGUGUGGUUUAGAAGUUCUUCUCUCUCUCUUCGUUAGCAAGUUUAGAUUCUGGUUUUUGAUUUUGUAAAACUAAUUACUCAGAUUCUCUCUGUUUACGAUCUCUUUGAACUUUUGUUAGUCGUUUACGGUUUCGUGGUAAUGAUGGGUGAGUUACAGGAGACGGUGGAUAAGACGGCACCGUGUGUGGCCAUAACUGAAAAACGGCCAAAUAGAUUUAGCGGUUGUGUUGGCGUUUUCUUUCAGCUCUUCGAUUGGAACCGACAUUUCGUUAAAAAGAAAGCUCUUUUCUCGCAAAUCACUUCUUCUUGGCUAGUGGAAACAAGCUUCUAAGAGGUUUAGUGGGAAUGAGAAAAUGCUCAAACCUAAGCUUAACCUGAAGGAAACACGUUUCACCGGACGCAAAUCUCGAUGGGGAAGCUUUGGUAAAUUAUCUCUGUUUUCUUGAAUGGAGUACAGCUUAUCUCUGGUAUAAUUAUGCGAUAGGAUUAUGAACUUAUGCGUUGACUAAGUGAACCCCCAAUAUAAAAGAUAGCAUGCACCUGCAAAGUUUACAAUAUAGUUGAGUUAUUUUGACAGUUAAUAUAAUUUAAGGAUGCUAAACACCCUUAUUGCAUGUUAAUAUUUUAAAUUAGUAUGAUCUAUUGUAUGAAUGUUUGUCAAUCUCAUCAUU